CCAGUAUGCACGUGACUGAACGCUUAUAUACCACGAGGAGCCACCGCUAUGGAUUCGUCGUUAUCGUCGUCAUCUUCGUGGGUUUUCUGCGAUGUUAAACACGGAAAACGGUAAAGGCAAUUUGGGAGACGGCGGUAGCGUCAUUCAAUCCAACAGGCUCCGCCGUCAGCACGGCUUCCAACUGCCGUUGCAUCCCCUGCAGCUUACAGGUUGGCUGGCGUUAGCUAUCCUCUCGGGUGGUUCAUUUUUAAUAUUGAUUCCAGCUUUGCCGAUUCACGUCCAACCACCAGUUCUAGCAGUACUAUCUUUAUUGCUGUUACUCCAUCUCACGACUCAUCUGGGCGCUGCAUUGGUCGAUCCCGCCGAAGCAGCAUUAAGAGAAAGAGAACCUGAACCAGUACCACAACUUGAUAGAACAAAAUACGCCCACGUGAUCGAAAGCGGCAACUGUCACUUGUGCCUAAUUCUGAUCAGCGGUCCUAGAACGAAACAUUGCAGCUCCUGUAACAAGUGCGUUGCACGUUUCGAUCAUCAUUGUAAGUGGUUGAAUCAUUGUAUCGGCGCAAGAAAUUACGCACUUUUCGUAAUGUGUGUUUCUACGGCGGUCGCAGCCGCCGCAGUAGUAACGGCGCUAGCCGUCGCUCAAUUAGUUUUGCAUCAUUCCUCGUGGUAUUGGAGUAAUCAGCAAGAAGAAGGGGAUUCAACUACCGACAAAAAGGAUUCGUUUAUACCUGAUAUAAACUCAACAACAUCCUUGCCUCCGUCCUCACUGCCGUCCAGUGAUGCCGCUUUUCUAGCAGUUGUAGCAGCCUUAGGUCUUCUGGCAGCCAUUACAGCUGGCCUAUUGCUGCAUCUGUGCUUUUUUCACAUAUACAUUUCAUUUUUGGGUCUCACCACCUAUGAAUACAUUAGAAAUCAAAGACAGAAUCCGGUUCCUGCUACCAGUUCGCAACAAGAAGAAGUGCAGAUAAAUAAUAACCCAAAUCUCAGACAUAGACCUAUAAAUUUAGGUUGCGGUGAACAGAAAACCAAAACCACGCUAUUUACGUGUACAGUUUUGGAGGAAACUUUCUCAAAUUGUAACGUCGAACCAACACCGACUCCACCCAGUACACCACAGGAUUGCCAAUUGUGCGUUAUGUCCAAUAAUUCUAUAGCUCCCGAAAUCAAGCCAGUACAACAAAAAAAAGUUAGAAAAAAGUGGAACUGUUGUGUAUCGGUGCCAGAUAGUCCGGACGAUCCCCAUAGUCCCUCCGAGCCAAAGUGUCUUAUAUCUUUAUGCAAGCACAAAGCAAAAAACAAGAAUCUACCUGCACUAGAAGGAAGAUCUCAUCGAACACACGGGCAUUGGUCGAGUGCUAAAUUAAGAAUGAUAUUUAGGGUGCUGGGUAAUUUGGGACACAAUAAACGAAACCCUAGCCAACCCACGCAACUAACUAGAAACAACCAAGUGGUGCCUAAUUCUGACCAAAUCCUCUCUACUCAACCCAUUCAAACCAUCAACAAUCUAGUACCUGUUACCUAUCCAGAGGUAACUAGAAGAGCUAACACUUUACCAGCUCUUCCAGCCCCUCCGCGUCGUAGACUCAUAAGUGAAACAGAACUGGCAAACGCGCUUUCCGUGUUACAACAGCAACAACAACGUUGCGGUGCCAGAAGGUCUCUUUAUCGUAGAAGAAGAAGGAGCGUCGUCCAUAGACCCAAAACCCCAGCCCUUUCUCCUAUUAGAGAAAGCGGACUGUCUAAUCCUGCGUCUCCGUCCCGACAAACUUGCACCGUAUCAGCAUUAAGUGGAACUACGGUUUUACCAUUCCACAAUCUCAACGCUCAAAACGCCUCGUAAUCAAUUCCACUUGGGUUUACGAUUAUGAAGGUGGAUUUAUAAACUCUUAGACUGACGCUUUCGUUGCGUUACGUUCGACUUCACAUUGGAUCUGCGU